UCAUUUUUCAAUCUUAGUCUAUACUUAGUAACUUGCGAACCUAACAGCGAGAUGAUAGCACAAGAGAUAAUGUGUUGGAACGAUCGACGUACGUAUUGUGUGUUUGAGCUGAAACAAUUACAAAGACCAGCAAGACGUUUAUACGCUUGAGCUCACUUGUCGAGUUCGAACUCUAAAAUUAAAUAUAGGCCUAACUAAAAUCGUUUUGGUUAGGACGGAUGAAGCUGCGUUGGUAAUAUAGAUCUGUAGAUCUAAUAUACACUGGGUUUGCACUGCUAACUCUGCCUACUGCGUGUUGUGUACUUUCUAGAUCUAGAUUCUAGAUUUAAAUCUUGUUUGUAACUUUUAACAAAUUUACCUUCUGAAUCGAAUCCUUAUUACACCCUUCCAUUAAAUUACUAACUGAAUCCAGCAAAUGUGAAUAUACAGUUCCUUCAAAGUUGAAAGCCUAUAAAGAAUUUGGCAAAGUGAAGUGAAGGAACUCUUCGAGUUUUGCUUGCCAAAGACACCGGUCUACUGAGUUCUGAAUGAAGUGGGACAAGAUGAUUUUUGAAGGAAUAAUUAUUGCUCUGGACCUGGGUUAUACUGUUGGGUUCAAGAAAAAGUCGGAGUUGCGGAAAAAGAUUGUUGAGAAUGGAGGAACGAUCAGCUACAUUGUGACAAGAAAGUGCAGCUUUGUUGUGACCAGUGACCCGGAGAAAGUGGACGUGUCGUCAAAAUGUCGCAUGGCCGUCAAGUACGGCUUACCCGUGCUCAGCCUGGACUACGUGUGGGACUGCCUUCGGGCCGGGGCCCUCUAUGACACAAGCAGCUACGUCGUCGGGGGGAAGAGCAGCGUGCUGGACUUCAAGGCAGGAAAAAUCUCAGCUCUCAAGAAUAAAGAAGAGAAGAAAAAGGUUUCCAGUCGAACGAGUUUCAACCCCAGAACGACAAGGAUCUGGCAUGAUUCAGAUUCUGACACGCCUGAGUUUGACGAAAACGCUUUUGAAAUUGCCAAAUAUGCCUUCUUCAGCGGGUUCAACAAACAGCUCAAGUGCGAACAGCUCCAGGUGGUGGAGUUACAGGCUGUCCCAAGGUCGCGGGGCACGGACUCGAACCUCAUGGAGGUCAGCGGCAAGGAAGACGUGCUCAAGUUCAGGGUCGUGCUUCAGACAGGGAGCUGGGCUGACCUGAAGGAUGGUAAAGUAGGUCACCGGGAGUACCGGUUCCUCCCAACGGCCGAUAAAGCCCUUGCUGUGUUUGCCAUGGUGUGUGAAGACGCAGAGAAGCGGCAGGGAUCCAAAAGUUGUCUGCCCCCACGAGGAGUCGGUUCCCAGCAGCUGCAGAAGUAUAUUGCCGAGAAGCUGAAGGUCGACGAGGGCUGCAGUGACGAGGUCAAGGACGUUGUGGAACACGUGUGGCGAGAAGCGAUGUCAGAGGUCAACAGUGUCCUCGGCAACAUCUCUGGCAUCAAAGUCGAACAGGUGGAGCAGGCUGAAGCUAUCCUCAUCAAAAUCCGAGAAGCCAUCAAAGGAGGAAAGUCGGAGAUUGUCGUCCUUGAGUUGAUCAAAGAGUUCUACUCCACGCUGCCUCACAAGCAAGAAUCGUCCAACAUAACAAAGGACCAGAGAGCCCGAUGGCUUGUCAGGAAACAGGAUAUGUGUCAGCUCAUCAAAGACAUGACAGCCGUGAGCGAGAUGACCAACUUCGAGACUCGAGCGGAUGUGGUUGCCAAGUAUGCCGCACUUCGUUGUCACAUCAAGCAUCUGGCAGGAACGUCACACAUGAACGUCGAGAACAUGGUGAUCUCUUCCUUGGAAGGGAAACACAAAAAUGUCUCCGUGGCAAAUGUCUUUGAGAUCUGGAGGCAGGAGGAGGAUAUGAACUUCCGACAUGACCUUGACCCCAAGCAACUUCUGUUCCACUGUUCGAAAGUGGAAAAUUUUGUGGGGAUCUUGUCCAGAGGCCUUCUCCUGCCCAAGGUCGUGGUUGACGACUACGGAGGAACUCGAACAGACGCAGGCAUGCUGGGAAGUGGCAUCUACUUUGCCAGCGCUGCCAGUACAAGCAUGAAGUAUUCUAUGGCGAGCAAGACCAAAGGCUCUCGCCUCCUGCUGGUCAGCGAAGUGGCCUUGGGCAGGGUCAAGGACUAUACCAGUCACGACACGACUCUGACGGGGCCACCCGAGGGUUACGACAGCACUCAUGGGGUCAGCAAGGUCAAGGACAGUUCCUCUGCCUUUGAGGAUGAUGAGUAUGUGGUGUACAAUGUCGCUCAACAACGUCUACGCUACCUCGUGGAGUUCACGCUCCCUGAAGACUCUGUCUGCCCCAUCAUCAUGGUACCCACAGAGCCGACGCUGAUGCAGGAUACAGACACAGGGACAAUCAGCAUGAGUGAUGUCACAGACAUUGCAAACCCUCUUGCCAAGGUCAAAGCUGGACUUCAGGGGUCAGGAGACGCGGAUGUAGAGCUUCGCGGAGUUCACAUACGAGCAAAACUGCUCGACUUAGCUGCCCAGGUGGUCGUGCUCCAGGAGUACGUCAACAACAGCUCCAAAGCCAUCGAGGCCAAGUACGUCUUCCCUCUAGACGAUGCCGCGGUUGUCUGCGGGUUCGAGGCUUUCAUCAACGGCAAGCACAUCGUGGGAGAGGUCAAAGAGAAGGAGAAGGCGCACCGGGAGUACCGCGAGGCCAUCAGUCAAGGUCACGGAGCGUAUCUCAUGGACCAGGAAGAGACCCCUGAUGUGUUCACGGUGAGCGUGGGUAACCUCCCUGCGGGGGCGUGCGUGUUGAUCAAGAUCACGUACGUGGCGGAGCUACAGGUGGACCAGGAGCUCAUCGACUUCAAAAUGCCCGCCAGUGUCGCCCCCUGGAGGGAGGACGCUGCCUUCAAACAGAACACGCAGAAUGACCUACAGAGCGAGAAGGUGUCCUCAGCGUCUAAGACAAGCGUGCAGGUUGCCGUAGAGAUGCCCUUUGACAUCCGAACCCUGGACUGCCCGACUCACAAAGUCAAAAUAAAGCAAACAGCGUCCAAGGCGUACCUGGAAGUAGUUCAAGGUCAGGCCUUUGGCUCAGGUUUCCAGCUGCUCAUUGGUCUAGCGGAGAUCCAUGUGCCUCGGAUGUGGGUGGAGCGGCUGCCUAAUGAUGAACAGAACCUGGCGUGCAUGUUGACUUUCUACCCGGAGUUUGAGACCUCGGAGCUGACGGACGGAGAGCUGCUGCUGGUUCUCGACACAUCCAACUCCAUGAAGGGGAAGCCACUGACGGACGCCAAAAAGGUGGCGCUACUGGCGCUGGCAGAGCUGCCGCCAGAUUGGCAUUUCAACGUGGCUCGAUUUGGAUCAGACUAUGAAGAGUUGUUCCCUGGCCCCUUGGCCAACACAGCGGAGAACAUGGAGAAGGCUGCUGCUUUCAUUCAGGAAUCUGUUGCCAACAUGGGCAGCACGUGCGUCCAGAACCUUCUGCAGGCGUAUCAGUUGCUGCCACGCUCCGACGCCCCACGGAAUAUCUUCCUCGUGUCAGACGGACACAUCAACAGCGACAAUUUCGUGCUUCGCCUCGCCAGCGAGAGCAAUGAACACCUCCGUGUCUUCACAUUUGGAGUAAGGUCAAAGGUCAGAUGAGCAAAGCAUGCCAAGCCGGUUUGACCUCUGUCUCGGUAGAGUGGUGUCAACAUGACAACCUCCCAGCCCUGCAGGCCCCAGAACACAUCACGUCGCUCUUCAACGGCUCCAGGCAGGUGGUUUAUGGGUUUGUCCCCAACUGUACCAUGGCGGUUCUGAAAGCCAAAGUGGGUGGUCAAGAGGUGUCCACAGUUGUGUCUACUUCGGAACUCUCCAUUACUGAGGGGCUGGUGGCCAAGAUGAACCUCAAGUCCACCGUGAUUGAUCUGAGCAAAGAGUACUCCAUCGUCACUCAGUUCACAAGUUUCAUCGCGGUCGAAAAGAGAGAGGAGAACGAGAAAGAUCUGCUGAAGACAGGACCCUCCAUGGCUGAGCUGGUGGACAAGGAAGGAGUGGACAUCUUGGACUACAUGGGCUGGACAGAAGUGCCGAAAGACGAGCCCCCGGCCUUUGACCUCCUGCUUGAGGAGAUUUCCGAGCAGCUGAGGAUGAACCGGCUGUCGGUCAAUCUGAUGAUUCAGCUGGACACGGUAGAGAACCAGUACCAACAGUUGAGGCAGGAGCACCGGGCGUGCAGUCCCGACGUACUCCGGUUGAUGGCGGUUCUGUGACAGUUGUGACAAUGAGUGGAAAGACGAUGGCGAUUCCGUGCUGUGGUGAGACAACUGUCUUGGAACUGAAACGAAUAAUCUGGGAGCGGGAAGGCUCACCCAUUGAGCAGCAGCGACUUGUCUACGACGGUAUUCAGUGUGAAGAUCAGGCCACGCUCCAUGAGUAUCAUGUGGCGGACAGUGCCAAGAUUUAUCUGGUUCAGCGACUCCGAGGUGGGGGUGCGGCAGAGGCUGAACUGGCGACAGUGGGCAGUAACGUGAUGGAAGAACGUCAGGAGAGUGAGUCGGACGAAGAUAUGGGCAUGGGCUUGUUUGAUGCUGAAAUUUGUAGCGCAUCGCCAAGAAAGAUGGCAGAACCAGAAGCUG